UUAUGGGGAGUCCAGGUGUCUAUAAGUAGGACAUACGCUCUGUAUCCUCAGUAUUUCCUUCUAAACUCACCGUCAGUCGAGAUCGUCACCUGCGAGCCGCCAGGUUUAUUUCAUAUCGUCUUGGCUUCUCUACUCUAAUCGGCAGUGCAAUUAUUUUCGCCAAUUAUUCGAGUGUUUUGCGUCGUUGCAUGUUCACACGUAACCAUCACUUGCGACCAUGAGUCCGAAUAUUUUUGGCAAUUCGGCGACUCUUUUUUUGGAGGCUUCGCAACAGAAUGUUCCUCAAGACAAGUCUCUCGCAGGAUCGACUAAAACCUCGCAAGCUAAGACCGGGAAACCAAAGAAUACUUCGAAAUACGAAUGGCAAAUUGUUUGGAGAAAUGUUAUUGCUUUCGUUUAUCUGCACGUUAGUUCCUUGUACGCUCUUUAUCUCGCUUGGUACGAGAUGAAGCUCUUCACAUGCCUUUGGACUAUUGGGUUGGCACUGUUUGCGGCAUUAGGAAUCACCGCUGGAGCACAUAGAUUAUGGUGCCAUCGAUCAUACAAAGCGAAAUGGCCGUUGCGUUUGAUACUGAUGAUCCUGCAGACUGUCGCUUUCCAGAAUCAUAUCUACGAGUGGGUAAGAGAUCACAGAGUUCACCACAAAUUCUGCGACACCGACGCCGACCCUCACAACUCGAAAAGAGGCUUCUUUUUCUCUCACAUGGGAUGGCUCAUGCUCCGCAAGCAUCCGGACGUUUUGAGCAAGGGAAAGCUCGUCGAUAUGAGCGAUCUUGAAAAGGACCCGAUCGUCGUUUGGCAAAGAAGGCUCUACGUUGUGCUCAUGCCGAUAUUCUGUUUCCUCAUUCCCACAUGGGUCCCAAUUUACUUUUGGAACGAAACCCCGAUGUUGGCAUGGUACGCAACCGUGUUUCGAUACACGGUUUCGCUCAACUUGACGUGGCUGGUGAAUUCUGCGGCUCACAUUUACGGAAUGAAACCGUACGAUAACUCGAUAAGCCCGACCGAUCAUUUCAUGGUUGCAGUCGGUGCCAUGGGCGAAGGAUGGCACAACUAUCAUCACGUAUUUCCCUGGGACUACAAAGCAGCCGAGCUCGGAAAUUACCGGACUAAUUUGUCAACCGCAUUCAUCGACUUCUUCAGCUCGAUCGGUUGGGCGUACGAUUUGAAAACGGUGCCGGUUGAGAUGAUAGAAAAGAGAGCGGCGAGAACGGGGGACGGCACGAGAGUAAAGAAAGUUGAGGGCCACCACCAUCACGAGCACUCGCACGAGGGUGCUAUUUGGGGUUGGGGUGACAGCGACAUGUCGAUCGAGGACAUCAAGGAGGCCCACAUUAUAAACAAGAGCGAUUAACCGUCGCGACGAAAAGUCGCCGCACCUCGAGCGGAGAACGCGCUCAAUUUUUCUACGUCGUGUGUCUUCCCCUCGAACUAAAAUCGAACAAACGUCAGAUGAAGAAACUUCACUUUUCGAAUGAAAAAAAAAAAACAAACAAAACGAAAAGAAACAGGAAAUGAAAACCAAACCUAAACUAAGAGGCUCCACAAAAUGUAAUAAACUUUCGAGGAGGAAGCGAGGACACGGUGAUGAGAUAAAAAAACAUGGCAUCGAAAAAGCACGUUUUCCAUGGCACUGAAACGAAACGAGGAAGGAUCAGGAAACGGGAUACAUUAGCAAACGAAUAUUCAUUUAUGGAGUGAGGCUUUUUGAAAGCAAACACUUGAAACUUUGAUUAAUUUAUCGGAAUCGUGCCACGUGCUAAAUGAAAAAACAGGAUAGAAGCACGCGCGCACCUUCGCGAUUCUCGAGAAUCGAAAUACUAACAAAAACUAAGAAAAUCUUCCUUACAAACUCGUUUUGUCUUCCAAAAGUGUAGAGAAAAGAAUAAAUGAAAAAUUGGAGUUAGGCACGUGGCACAAUCGUGCUUUAGUGAUAGCUCGAUAGCGGUUACGUAUUCACGAAUGUAGGGAAGGUAACGAUGUUUUUAGUGCUCUCUGGUUCACGACCGAAUUGCGUGAUCCGAGUGGUACGUUGAAAUUGUACUUGGGCUCUGAACAUUCAAAAUUGUAUCAGCGUUAACAACGAACAAUACGAGAAGAAAUAAAAAGAGAGAAAGCGAAUUUGACAUUCAGCCAAAACAGGAAGCUCAAAGCACGUCAAUCUUUCGCAGGAAAUUUGUUAUCAAGACUUACAACAAAUCUUUUCGACCGUCACACAAACUUGGAUCGAUCGAAACAGUUACGAAAAUCAAUCUACUUGGCGCCUCAUUCGAGGAGGCAAGAACUUCACUUAAAUAAUUAGUCGACGUCAGGAACAAACGAGGGAAUGAAAAUUUCGGUUCAAGCACUUACCUUCGAUGAGCCUACCUUUUUAUUCUUGUCCUCUCGAAUCACGUCUUAACGAUCAAUUAUACAUAUACUAUUUACAUUGUAUUUAUGAAUAAAUUAUGGUUAUGUACAUACGUAAAGAAAA